AUGUUCUCCUGCAACACCAGCACUUUUGCACACUCCACAUUUCUCCUCACUGGCUUUCCAGGCCUGGAGGCCUCACACCAUUGGGUAUCCAUCCCCAUCAACUUGGUCUGUGUGGUUUCCAUCCUGGGAAACAGUAUCAUCCUUUUCCUGAUCCGCACAGACCCCGCCUUGCAUGAACCCAUGUACAUCUUCCUGUCCAUGUUGGCAGCGUCUGAUCUGGGCCUGUGUGCUUCUACCUUCCCCACUAUGGUGCGGCUCUUCUGGCUCGGUGCUCGUGAGCUACCGUUUGACCUCUGUGCAGCACAGAUGUUCUUCAUUCAUGCCUUCACCUAUGUGGAAUCAGGUGUACUGCUGGCCAUGGCCUUCGAUCGCAUUGUUGCCAUCCGGAAUCCUCUGCACUAUGCCACAAUCCUUACCCACUCUGCCAUGGCCAAAGUGGGGGCUGCCAUUCUAGUGAGGGCUGUCCUACUCAACCUCCCAGCACCCAUCCUCCUACGGCGCCUGCUCUUCCCACAAAUCAGCAUACUCUCCCACUGCUAUUGCCUGCACUGUGACCUGGUGGGCCUUGCUUGCUCCGAUACCCAGAUCAAUAGCCUAGUUGGGCUGAUUUCCAUCCUCCUUUCGCUGGGCCUUGACUCCUCCCUUAUCAUGCUUUCAUAUGCACUGAUUCUACGGACUGUCCUGAGCAUUGCAGCACCCGGGGAGAGGCUCAAGGCACUCAACACGUGUGUCUCACACCUCUGCAUUGUUCUUAUCUUUUAUUUGCCCAAACUGGGGCUAUCUGUGUUACACCGAGUAGAGAAGCACAGCUACCCUGCUCUAGCCGUGCUCAUGGCUAACCUACACUUCCUGGUCCCUCCCUUCAUGAAUCCAAUUGUCUACUGUAUCAAAUCGAAACAGAUUCGCCAGGGUCUCCUAAAGCGCUUCCAGCAGAAGAGGGUUGAUGUCUCUUAG